AUGCCUAUGCUCACUGACCCCUCAAAGAAGUACAAGCCGUACACGCCUCUCAACAUCCCGGAUCGCCAAUGGCCCUCACGAGUUGCUAAAAAGCCACCAAUUUGGCUUUCUACUGAUCUGCGAGAUGGAAAUCAGGCACUCGCGAACCCUAUGACAAUCCCUCAAAAGACUCUAUUCUUCCAGACUCUACUCAAGUGUGGAUUCAAGGAGAUCGAGAUCGCAUACCCCGCCGCGAGUGAUACCGACUUCAAUUUUGUGCGUGGUUUGAUUGAGGAGGGACAGGUUCCCGAUAAUGUCUGGAUUCAAGUACUAACUCCAGCUCGCGAAGAUCUCAUCAAGCGCACCGUCGAAUCCGUAGCCGGUGCAAAGCGUGCCAUCAUCCAUAUGUACAAUGCAACUUCGUGUCUCUUCCGGGAGGUCGUUUUCCGCAACUCGAAAGAGGAGACCAUUGAGCUUGCAGUACGCCACACCAGGAUGAUCAGACAGCUAACGGAAGAGUGCACGGCCAAACAUGGCACAAUCUUUCGGUUCGAAUACAGUCCAGAGAUGUUCACACAGACCGAAACAGAGUUUGCGGUCGAGAUCUGUGAGGCAGUCAAGGCUGCGUGGGGAAAGGCUGGAACUGGCGAUGAGCGCAUUAUCUUCAACUUGCCUGCGACAGUCGAGAUCGGUCCGCCUAAUCACUAUGCUGAUCAGAUCGAGUACUUCUGUCGCCACAUCUCCGAGCGGGAGAAGGUUAUAGUCAGUUUGCACCCCCACAAUGAUCGCGGUCAGGGUAUCGCGGCUGCAGAGCUAGGUACACUUGCGGGUGCAGAUCGUAUCGAGGGCUGCCUGUUUGGCAACGGAGAGCGCACCGGCAAUGUUGACCUCGUGAAUCUCGCCUUGAACUUAUACACGCAAGGGAUUAACCCGGGGGUUGAUUUCAGUGAUAUUCAGGCGGUCAUCGACGUUGUUACCCAGUGCAACGAUCUACCCGUGCACUCGCGACACCCGUAUGCGGGCGAGCUUGUCUUCACUGCCUUUUCUGGAUCGCAUCAGGACGCGAUCAAGAAGGGCUUCGAGGCGCAGAGGGCACGACACGCUGAGGCUGAGAAGAAGGGCGAGCCACAAUACUGGGACAUGCCGUAUCUGCCCAUCGACCCAGCUGACCUCGGAUGCACUUACGAAGCUGUCAUUCGUGUCAAUGCGCAAUCUGGCAAGGGCGGCAUCGCAUACCUCGUGCAACAAAAUCUAGGGCUUGAUAUGCCUCGCAAGAUGCAGGUUUCGUUCUAUCAGGUCAUCCAGGAGAUCGCAGACCGCGAGGCGCGGGAGAUGUCCGUAGAGGACAUCACCACUGCCUUCCGGCAGACAUACCACUACGGUGGUUCGACAUAUGAAGGCAGGUUGGUCCUGAAGUCCUUCAAGAUUUCGGCAGAGUCGUCUCCGGACUUGCCCAAUGGCGAUGAUGCCGUUGACGAGCGCCGCCAAUUUGACGGUACGAUCUCAGUCGAUGGUGUCCUGCGAGUUAUCCGCGGGGACGGUAAUGGCCCGCUGUCGGCACUGUUGGACGCCCUCCGUACGCAUCUCAACAUCGACCUUUCCCUCCGAGAGUACUCCGAACAUGCCAUUGGCCAGGGACAAGACACCAAGGCAGCUUCAUACGUGGAGCUCGUACCUCAGGCCUUGGAUGUCAAGGAACUCCGACGCUCGAUAGAGUCCUGGUGGGGUGUUGGAGUCGAUGCUGAUAUUGCCGGCUCUGGAUUACGCGCUGUCCUAAGCGCUGUAAACAGUGCGAUCGGUGAUCGGGCCCUCCCCGAACUCAAGCUGAACGUGGGUUACAGUGCAGCAAGCGGGCAGGCAGAUAUCGCCUCCGUGGUUUUGAAUGAGCUGCAGCUAGAGCUACCACGCCGCCUACAGGCGGCUUUUUUUGAGGUAGUUCAGCGCGCGGCGCGUGAUACGGAGGGCAAGAUGUCGUACACGGACCUGAUCACCCUGUUCAAGGAGACAUACCACUAUGAGGUCCCGGACAAGGGUAGCCGCUUCGCGCUUAAGAGCUUCAAGAUGGAGAAUCUGGGGGAGAGUGGACGCAAGGAGCUUACGGGCGAAUUUCUUGUUAACGGCAAGCUCACGCAGGUGCAUGGGGAGGGCAACGGGCUGUUGACCGCUGCGCAAAAUGCGCUUAAUGCACAUAUUGAUGGGCAGGCGACAAUCCGCGAGUACGCAGAGCACUCGAUUGGCACGGGCUCGGAUGUCAAGGCUGCAUCCUAUGUUGAUUUAGGCUAUGAGGCGGACGGUGGAACGAUCAAGCUGAGUGCGUGGGGGGUCGCGACCGAUUCAGAUAUUACUGCAUCUGGCUUGAAGGCGCUAUUGCGCGCCUCGAGCAUCGUGGAUGAGAAGCAUAGGAAUGUGUUCGCGGAAAGGAAGUAA